GGAAGUUCUGAAAACCAUUUUUCAUUUUAUUCCGACGAAUUACGGUGAUAUAGUAUAGGGCGGAGAUGUGGUCGGGGAAGAAGCAAAUGAUGGCAUCGUUGGGAGCGUAUUGGAGGAGUCCAGUGGGACCUAAAACAACCCACUUUUGGGGUCCUAUGGCAAACUGGGGACUUGUCAUUGCAGGAAUAAUGGACGUAAAGAAACCACCGGACACUAUAUCUGGCAACAUGACGGGAGUGUUAUGCGUGUUUUCUAUGCUGUGCAUGAGAUUUGCUUGGAUGGUGCGACCUCGCAAUCAUCUACUUUUGGCGUGCCAUGCUGCAAAUGAGUCCGUCCAACUUUAUCAACUCUCGCGUUGGGCUACGCAUAACUGGUACGUGACACAAACAGAAGAAGAAGAUAAUCAAAAGUGAUUUAAUUGGUUUGUUCAAAACAACCUUCUUAUGCCUCGCAAUAAGAAAAUAUGAUAUGAAGUGAUAAUGAGCCCUUAAGAGGGAUCAAAUGUUUGUAUUAUUACAAUUAGGGUUUAUAAUAUGACCAUCAUUUUAGCAAGUUUUAUGAUUAUAAACAAUGAUUAUACAUUAUUCAUUCAA